CUUUCGCAAGGCACUGUAUAUGUAGGGCUUGUGUUUCUUCCAGGAUUUGAUGAUAAGAUGCAACUGUGUAACUGUCUGCUUCUAUUUGACUACUGUCUCCUACACUACAUGUUGUGACUUACAAUGUAGGAUCUUAAUGAGCCAAUUUGCUACAGCAAGUUAAUUGUCCUGCAGUAACAAGAAAUGUGAAUUAUUAUGUGGAAUAUAUUCUUAAUGGAUAUUUUUGUAGGUGUUGAUACAGUUUUCAUUGGGGCAAAUCAAUUCUGAAAUUUUGAAAGUGGAAAUUAAAACUUUAGAACCUUUUUUAAAGCUAAAAUACACUACAAGUUUGCAGCAACAAAAGAGUGAUCAAAUGAAGAUACUACAUCUGUAAGGUCCAUGUGCUAAUGGAUAAUUCCUAUUUCUUAUUAUCUUGUCAAGGCUUGUGCUUGUCAAGGCCAAACAAGGAAAUUAAUAAUUGUAGUUGAAAUCGGAUAUCAGCUUAUUUUUUCGUUUAUGGUGUCCAAUUUCGGCAUAGAGUAACAGAAAACAAAUAACAUUUAUCCCAUGUUUCGUUUAAUUCAUACCUGGAAGUACACGCCGCCUAAUAUAAUAUUCACAGUGCAUAGCAGGUGUUUGCUUAGUCUGGGUUGAGCUGCAGUGUCGGCAGCAGAGUGCUGGGGACGAACAAAAUCUGAAUACAAGCUUUGGGUGGAUAGGCAAUGGCAUGGCGAGAGAGCUUGGGGUUGUUUGGGAGGGAGUUUAGCCCCUCAGUGGUUCUUCCUGCUAUUCUACCUUGGUUUCUCCCUCAGCCAGUGAUAGAUCUAAGGUUGCUUGAGAGGCUAAGUGUUGAGGAAGGAGUAGAUUCAGUUGUUAGUGAACAUUUAAGAACACAGUACUAUGCUUUUUUAGAUCCAUCCAGAUGGAUCUAAGGACCCUAAAACAGGGAGGACAGGUGCAGCUUUUGGUGUUCCUGAGUUUAAGGUGGCAGUGACAAAAAGAGCCACGGAUCAUUUAUCUGUUUACACAAUGGAGUUGUUGGCCAUACUUUUGGCUGCAGAGUAGGUGGAGGACGUGAGGCCAGACAGAGUAGUCAUCUGCUCUGACUCCUGUGCAGCAUUGAUGAGCUUAAAUUAAUUUGUGUCUCAGAGCAGACAGGAUGUGUUGUAUGAGGUUUUGCAGUGUUUGUACAGGGUGAAACAGAUUGUGGUAUUUGUGACGUUCCUCUGGGUACCAGCUCAUGUGGGAGUAGAGGGAAUGAGGAGGUGGAUGUUAUCACCAAGCAGGCUCUUAAACAUCCUAGUGUUGAGAUGGAAUUGUCAAUCAGUAAAGCAGAAGCCAAGGGGUUAAUAAGAGCAGUGGUUAAAAACAAAUGGCAAGAGUUGUGGAAUCAGGGAGAUCCAGGAAUAGUUGGUGGCAGGGAGGUCCUCAGGUCGAAGAGAGGAAAGUAUAGUCACAAGGCUGAGACUGGGACACACAAGGCUAAAUGGUACAUUGAAAUUUGUAGGGAAACAUUAGACUGGGGGGUGUGAUCAUUGUCAGGAGGAGUUGAAAACAUGUGCAGUUUCAGUGCAAGGAAUAUGUGAGGGAAAGGGAUGGAUUGUUAUUAGAUUUGAGGAAUAAUGGGGUUAUUUUACCUUUAUUUAAGUAGGCAAGUGAGUUAAGAACAAAUUCUUAUUUUCAAUCACACCCCGCCAGUCUAAUGUUUCCCUACUGCCUGUUCAGGGGCAGAACAACAUAUUUGUACCUUGUCAGCUCAGGGGUUUGAACUUCCAACCUUCCGGUUACUAGUCCAACACUCUAACCACUAGGCUACCCUGCCGCCCCGUUAAGCGAACUGGGGAAAUCUUCAGGGGCUGUAGUAUUUAAUUAUGUAUUUCGUUUCCUUAGGGAGAUUAUAUUAUUGGGUAUGAUUUAGACCUUCACUGUCUCUGGUCCAAACUCCAGUCAAUUUGGUGGCGGUAAUGCACCUGAAAGUUGGUUGCCAACCGCCAUAUAAAAUCCACAGAAGAAGAAGCAGGAGUCUAGGGAGUCAGCUCAUGGGUGACGACGGAUGGUCAUGUUGAAUACAUGAAGAGAAUUCCUGGUGCCCGGUGUCUGACCCGCUGGGUGAAUGGGGAAAAAGGAAGUUUUUCGGUCCUGUUUUUUUAUUUUUUUAUAAAGAGCAAAUACCUACGCAUGUGAAGCUUGGUUACGUAAGAUACGCCGUAAGAACUUUCGUCCAAAAACCACUGCCGUUUAAGAAUUGUAAAGGAUUUUGCCAUGUUUCAAGUGUGUGCAGACUAACAGAGUAUAGUGAAGAACGGUGUGUAGAAGGAGAAUGGUGUGUAGAAGGAGAACGGUAUUGCAAUUGUGGUAGGGAUCAUGUUCCUGGAGUGCCAUGUAAGGGUGAAGGAAAUUGAGGUGGCAAGUGUUAAAGCGGUCGAAUCGCUUAUGCGGAGGCGAUUAAAAUAAUUGAGAAAACAAGUGAUGCUAGUGAAGAUAUAUAUGGUAGUGGAAACACCACGGCCUUAAGUAAAUGUUUACUGUCUGACAGAAUAAACGCUGUGUGUCUUUUAAAAAGGUGAUUUUAAAAAAAAAUAUAUUUUUUGCGUUCAUUGCCACAGUUACAAAUUGUAGAGCACAAGUCAUAAAUAACUUUUUUAAAAACUGGACAUUAUUGUGGCUGUGGCAGAAACGUUUUUGGGACUCAAGGAUUUUACAUCUGAAGACUUGCAAGAGGUACUGGAGCGGGAAGACCUGCCCUACCAGGUUCCCAUUGAGCCUGUGUAGGGAUCAGAUCUGUUUCAUUAAUUUAUUUUUAACAGAAAAGUUAUAUAUUUUUUAAUUUUGGGGGGGGAAUCCUGUUUCCAUCCCGUGUAGUUGUUGUCGGUAUGCACAUUAAAUUGUGUGGUCGCCAAGAUGCCGUAGAAGACGUUUCGGGCAGGACAGAGAAGGGAUUAAGCAAUUUUGUGACAGCCAGGAAGAUACAACUUGGAAUGUUAGCUAAGAUGCUUAACUUAUCAUGAAGUUAGCAUGCCAAUAGGACGAACUCCACAACAACUGAACAUAGUUGCUUGCACCACCUGGAUAGCUAGCAUUAGCCGGCUAACGUUACUGCUGACUGGUAGCAAGCUAGCAGGCUGGCUAGCUAGCCCUACCUGGCUACUGGCUAUAGUCAUGUUAGUUAGUGGAAGUAAGUUAGUCCCUCGACCAGCUACAAGAUGAAGCUGCCCGGCCAGAGGUACCUGCUGCAGAAAGAACGUGCCUGCAAAAGGACAGACCGCAUUUGAGCAGAUCAUCAACUUCAUCCAGUUACAUCAGCCAAUACAGUAAGUUACAAUCGGGGUCUGCCCUGACAGUCCUGAAGAACGUCGGAGAGGACUACAUCUUCACCACGGCAAACAGAUCCCUCUGUCCAGACCUUCAGUUCUGCUACCGGUAAGUUAGAGAAGGUGCCUAAGAAACUGGGUGAUAUUUUUAGGAUUCAGGACAGUCUUGUGUUAUGAUGAUUAUCAUAAUUUCCUUUUGUAUCUUGGUACAUUUUACAGUAUUAGUAGUGAACUUGUGGACACAUCUUUGUGCUACUUUUACUUUUUGCACAGAUUGUACCACAGUGUGUUCAGGCAGGCAUAUGGGGAACAGAAUGGGCCUGAGAGGCAUGUUGAGGAGUAUAAUCUUAGGUGCUGGCGAUAUCUGUGCCAAGAUUGAGAACCUCUUGUAGGAACACCUCGCGUGGCGAUCUAUUCCCCACUGAUGAAGCGUGUCCAUCGGGCCAGACACAGUGAGGAGCUCUGCUUCAUUGAUUUCUCUGGGAACAUGGAACAAGAGAACUGCAGAGGUUCCCACAUCUGUGCUGGCGGUCUCCCCCUUGGGGUUUCCUGACUCAAUCUGAGGAUGAGGCCACAAUCCUCCUGGAGUGUCUUCAACUGUUGAAGGACAUCCUUAGGGAGGAUGCCUUUGCAGGGAGUGGUCAGGCUGAUCCUCGCCUCAUUACAGAUGACUGCAAGGCAGAGAGGGGAGCAUUAGGGAGGCCAUUUCCAGGGUCCAAACUGCUCCUCUGCACCUUCCACCUACUCCAGGCAGUGUGGCUGUGGAGAGAGGCAUAGACCUGAGAGACAGGCAGACCCUCUUCGCUGUCCCAAAGACAUCAUGUAUGACAGGGAAGAGAGAGUUGAGCCCCUCUAUCAGCAGGCAGAUCAAAACACAUUUGUAGCCAGGUACAAGAAAUUCACAACCUACUUCCAUUGACUGUUCACUCAGCUGAAUGCCCAACACUCUAGACAUUGGGAGGAGCUGCCAACCUGAGGGAGUGACACCAAUAAGGCAGCAUGCGGAUCCUUAAGGGUAAACUCCACCAAAGGACGAAAGUGUUAAAUCUCCCUGUGCCUGAAGGCUUACUAUGAGGCAUGGGUGACUGACAUUGUCCUUGGCCGCUGGGAAAUGUUCCAGCACUCACAUUUUCUGGCACAGGAUAGUAGCGUCAACCCAUCUGACAUUGAGCAGGUGUGCAGAGAAGCAGUACAGGGUGAAGGGCACCACACCAGGACAGACCUAUACUGCAGACAUGCAUUUGUUCAGUAGGGCACACAGGAGCUCCAUGCAGACACCAGGCUGCUGUGGUCCAGAUAUACAAAUGCCUGUCCAGCAACUUCCUCCUGACAACAUUGGAGAUGAGGGAUGCAUUGCUGAAGACAACAGGAGGGUUUGACUAUAAGACGUGUAACGUGCUGGUGGCCCUAGAGCCCCAGGCAGAGGAGAUAUCAGUAUGUGUGUUUGAAGGCAAGGAUCAGGAUGACAUCGGAGCCGGAGAUCAGGGCCUGAUGUUUGGCUAUGCUACAGAUGAGACAGAGGAAUGUAUGCCUCUCACCAUCUUACUGGCCCACAAACUCAACCACAAGAUGAAGGAGCUGUCUGCCAACGGGGAGUGUCCUUGGAUCAGACCGGACUCUAAAACUCAGGUUACAGUGGAGUACCGUGAUAACAGUGGGGCCAUGGAGCCGGUGCGUGUCCAUACAGUGGUCAUCUCUGUGCAGCAUAGCCCUGAUGUCAGUCUGGAAGAGAUACGCCGUAGCCUGAUGGACAGCGUGGUCCGGAAGGUCAUCCCUGCCCGUUACCUAGACGACAAGACCAUCUACCACCUGCUGCCAAGUGGGAAGUUCCUUCUGGGCGGACCUCAGAGUGAUGCAGGACUGACAGGUCGUAAGAUCAUAGUGGACACGUAUGGAGGGUGGGGGGGGCAUGGUGGAGGGGCCUUCUCUGGAAAGGACUACUCUAAAGUGGACCGCUCUGGGGCCUAUGCAGCCCGCUGGGUGGCCAAGUCUCUGGUGAAAGCCAAGCUCUGCCGGAGAGCCUUGGUUCAGGUUUCGUAUGCCAUCGGUGUGGCUCACCCUCUGUCCAUCUCUGUGUUCCACUAUGGAACGUCCACCAGGCAGGAGGAUGAACUGCUGCAGAUCGUCAACAACAACUUUGACCUCAGGCCUGGGGUAAUUGUCAAAGAGCUGGGUCUGAAGCGGCCUAUCUACCAGUCCACUGCCUGCUAUGGACACUUCGGCCGGGACGAGUUCCCCUGGGAGAAGCCCAAGCCACUGCAGUUCUGAUGGAAACAACCACUCUUAUCACCUGGCUGUUUCUUGUAAAUCUGACUGACAAAUAACACUAUCAGAUAAAAAGUGUAGAUCCUUUCUCUUUAUGAUUUAACAUGUAAUUGUCAACUGUGAAUCAUGGGCCAAAUUCUAUCUUUUAUCCUACUGAAAAUAUAAAUUGACAUUUCAGCAA